GGGAAGUGUAGGAUAUUGAAGCUGUGAAAGAAAAAGUAACGUACGAAUGAACGGGUUGUUGUAUUUUUGUUGAUUGAUAAGUUAUGAAAAAACUAUUAUAAUUUUUUAAACAUAAUGGCAGCAAACGACCAAUUUGAUGAAGAUGAUAAGGUGUGUAACACUUUACUAGAGCUUUCUGUAAUCUCGGCAGAACCACCUAUGAAAAGAAGUCUCUGUGUACAGUGCAGACGACCCUCCAGAGUGUGCUGGUGUACUUUUCUUCCAUCCACACCACUAGAUGUCAGUUGUAAAGUGGUUAUCUUGCAGCAUCCUGCUGAGGAAAAACGAUGUCUGAGAACAUCUCCUAUUUUAGAAGUUGCACUUCCAAAAGGACACUGUAUCGUGAGGAAAGGUAGAAAAUUCUCAUCUGAAAGAAACAAUGACAUGCAAGAUAUUUUGACAUCACAAGAUACUCUUGUUCUCUAUCCCGGAGAAAAAGCUACAGAUCUGACUGAACUACCCACCGUUAAGAGUAGAGGAUCACCGUACAACAUUGUUAUUCUUGAUGGAACCUGGUCACAGGCAAGGUCGAUCUUUUACAAUAGCAAGGAGCUUCACGGUCUUAAACAGGUUCAACUUCAGCCCGGUUAUAGUAGCAGUUAUGUUAUCCGUACGCAGCCAACAAGUGAGUGUUUAUCAACCGUGGAAACGGUUGCAGUUACCCUUUCUUAUCUUGAAGAGUCACCAAAGAUUCAUGAGCUGUUGGUGCAUCCACUGAAAGCUAUGUGUCAGUUUCAGUUGGAUCACGGUGCUGUCCCGCACCAGAGUAAGGAAUUCCUGAUCCAGAACGGUCUUUACAAGAAACCUUUACCUCGUAAAAUCAUACACAAAGUAUCUAAUCACGAAGACAUUAAGCACAUUCUCAGAUAGUGUCGUGUCAAACUUGAGUUGAUACUAGUUACAGGUAAUUAGUAACAAGCCACUAGUACGUGACUACAACACACGGUACUUUCAUGGAAAAUACGUCGUUUUGUAAAUGGGAACUUCAUUUUAUAUCUAAUUUGUUGUAUAUAUUAUCCUGUGAGAUAUAGUUUAGGUAUGUUCUAGGGACUGUUCUACUGCCUCUUGGGGGUUUCAUUCCUCAAAUAUAAUGUUUAAAACUCAUUAUUGAAACCUUUUGUAAUAAAUUGAUGAUUAUAAAAAGUAGACUUUACUAGUCAGGCAUGUAAGUUGUUUAACUUUUUGGUUAUAUGACUACACAAGUGUGUGAUCAGUAUUUCGGUUUUCCAUUGUACAGUGCUUUUACAAGAAUUGACUGAUGUUUUAGGAUCUCGAACAGAUGACGUACGUAUUAGUGGACAAGGUGAAAUGUGUGUUCGUAGCAGCAACAAGUACUUACCAUUUAACACUUGUAAUGGUGUGGUAACUUUAGUUUGUAUUGCUGUGAUAAUCAUGUUUUAAAUGUUUUUGUAACAAAACUAUUGUUCGUAUCAAUUUUAAACGUGGAGCACAUGUUGAAAUCCAUUUGAAAUUGACAUAGUAUUGGAUAAAAUGUACGUAAAUAAAUUUAUGGGAAACGAUAAUAAUUUCUGUGUUUGAUAGUUUCGCAGUCUGAAAUUUGUACAGAAUUUAUGACAAUUUCUGGAUGGAAUGAAACAACGUAAAGAAGGGCCUGUACAGAAAACUUCUGUCAUAGGUUACUUUCUUCAUUCUUUUUUCUCACUUUAUUUUCUCAAAAUGAUUGUAAUAACUAUUCUUAAAACUAGUGGGUUUUUAUACAAAAUUAUUUCUUUGAUAGACCAUUGUUCUUGUGUUCUUUUUUUUUACGUGUACUCGCCCUCUAUAUCCAGUGCCUUUCUUAAUGUGAUAUGAACUGUUGUCUGUGUUAUCUUCACACACUGUUAUUACAAAUGAUAUUUUAUGAAUUUGUAUAAUUUUAGUUAGUUUGUAUCAAAAUGUGUGCCAUUUCUAUUGGAUGACAUCUUUGAAAAGCCCAGAUGAUGCUUGUUGCCUUUUUUUAUUUUUGUGGUAGUGACACCGUGUGGAAUGGUAGAGAACUAUGAAACUAAAGAUCGGUUACUUAUAAACUUACUGCCAUAAGAUGAAGAUUAAUGAUUUGAUGGUAAUAGCCUGAAUUUCACUUAAAGUUUUGAUGUAUUUUUGAAAUAGCUAAUUCAAUUCAAAAACUGAUAAGGAACUAUGAGUUUGGUCCCUUUAUAUUCAAGUUUUAUCUGUGCUUAACAUAAGUCUAUAAUAACCGUAGAAAGUGAAUCUGUGCUUAACAUAAGUCUGUAAUAGCCCUAGAAAGUGAAUCUGUGCUUAACUUAAGUCUGUAAUAACCCUAGAAAGUGAAUCUGUGCUUAACUUAAGUCUGUAAUAACCCUAGAAAGUGAAUCUGUGCUUAACUUAAGUCUGUAAUAACC